ACUCAGGGACGAGGACGUUCAGCGAGCGAGAGGCCGAGAUCGAGAGCGGAGCCGGGAGGGACGGCCAGGACCAGACUGCUAAUCGCUCCAUGAGGCAUCGCUGGAGCCAUGGCGCUGACUGGUCCCCGUCUUCUGGUGCUGGCCUUGUGGGUCGCUGUCGGAGUGAAGGUUGAAGUUGGAGGCGAGCAGAUGAAGCAGGCCCGGGCUCCUCUGAUCGCACAUCGGCCCUUCGUGGUCGUGUGGAACGCCCCCACCGAGUCCUGCCGCCUCCGCUUCAAGGUGGACCUGGACCUCAGCGUCUUCGAUAUCGUGGCAAACCUCAAUGAAACCCUCAGCGGGCCGAACGUCACGAUAUUCUACCACAGCCACCUCGGGUACUACCCUUACUACUCGAGCGCCGGGGUUCCCAUCAACGGUGGACUACCGCAGAACCAGAGUCUGUCCAAGCACUUGAGCAAGGCCCGGGCUGACAUCGACAAGCUGAUCCCACACAAGGACUUCAGAGGAAUUGGCGUCAUCGACUGGGAGAACUGGAGGCCGCAGUGGGUCCGCAACUGGGGCUCCAAGGACAUUUACCGCAACAAGUCCAAGGAGCAGAUCCGGAAGCUUCACCCGAGCUGGCCAGAGAGCAAAGUGGAGAAGGAAGCGAAGGAGAGUUUCGAGAGAGCCAGCCAGGCCUUCAUGAACUCCACCUUGGUCUUGGCCGAAGGUCGGAGGCCGGACGGGCUGUGGGGGUUCUACCUGUUCCCGGACUGCUACAACUACGGGUACAAGCAGCAUCCGCAGCGCUACACCGGCGAAUGCCCCAACGUGGAGCAUGUUCGCAAUGACCACCUGAUGUGGCUGUGGAGGGAAACCACAGCCCUGUACCCGUCCGUCUACCUGGACUACGUGCUCAAAUCGUCAGCCAACACCGUCAAGUUCGUCCACUACAGAGUUAAGGAAGCCAUGAGGAUCGCAUCCAUCGCCCGUACAGACUUCACCUUACCUGUGUUCGUCUACUCCAGACCUUUCUACGCAUACACCUUUGAGGUCCUUUCAGAGAGCGACCUGGUCCACACCAUCGGGGAGAGCGCAGCGCUGGGAGUGUCAGGUGUCGUCCUGUGGGGAUCAUCAGAAUACGCUCGCACACAGAGGAACUGCCUGACCGUGAAGAAGUACAUCGACGGUCCUCUGGGUCAUUACGUCAUCAACGUCACCUCGGCCGCCAAGCUGUGCAGCAAAGCCCUGUGCAAGAAGAACGGCAAGUGCGUCCGCAAGAGCCUUGACUCGGGCGCCUACCUGCACCUCAACCCGCGGUUCUUCCACAUCCACCGCAACCCGGCGCCCAGGGGCCCCAGGUUCCACGUCAGCGGCCACCUCAACAACCACGACAUCCUGGACAUGAAGCACAAGUUCACCUGCCAGUGCUACCAGGGCUGGACGGGCGUCUACUGCGAGAUGCCGCAGGCCGCCGCUCCUCCGCCGCCUGUCGUCCCGCUGCCUCGGCCCAGAGACAACGGCCUGCUGGGAGACAUCCUGCUGCUCCUCUCCCUCCACUUCUCCUGCCUGUGCAUCAUCAUGUUCCUCGGCCUUUGUCUCAUCAUCAAGUGUCUGAUUCUGUAGAGACCAGCGCCUCAGCAGCACCAGAGCCAACGGACGUUCAUCUGACGUUUUAAUGUCUGAUGAAAAAUAUCAGUUUCAUUAUGUAGAUGUUUGGUUUAUUUUGUCCCCGGCACAACCAACACUUUAAGGGAUUUCACCUGUGGAAAUCCAUAUGUAUGUAAUGUAUUUAGUACAUCUACAUCUCUGUCGAUCCUUAAAGGGAUACGCCAUCGUUUUGCGCAAAGUCACCUUUUUCUGACUGAGACGAGAUGUUCAGUACCAGGAUAUUAACCUUAACCAGGUAGCUAAUGAAAGCUAAGCUAAUGAAAGCAAAUGAAGGUGACUAGAGCUAAUAGAGUCUUUAUGUCUUUACACGUCUUUAUGCUAAGCUAACAGGAAAUGCCACCGCUGGACGUCCAGAGGGGAACAUGGUGUCCAACAUCUGGUCUCAGUCUGGGGAAGUCGGGAAAAGGGGGAUUUUGCCGAAAAACGAUGGUCGUUUUCCUUUAAAGGCAGAGUGUGCGGUUUGUUUAGUGCUGUUUAGGAUGAGGAUGAGGAGGAAACCCCUCAGGUUCAAGCUGCGACUAAUAACACAGAGGAUUACUGUACCACUUUGAAAUGUCCGUCUGAGGUUUUCAUGUCAAAUGUUCAGAAAAACAUAAACAAUGGCAUGAAGUGCUCGUAUAUUUUGGGUUCUGAUGGGAUAAAAGAAUUUCUGUUCUUGUGAGAAGUGAGCAGCAUUCAUCAGUGGUUCCCAAGAGCGUGACGCGGUUCAGUCUGCCUUGCUCAGCAGAACUGGAGAAGCUGUGCAGCGUUCACUGUCAGCUUUGCUCUUGAACAGGAUCCAUUUGCUCUGGUGUCGCUUUUUGAUUUAGUCUCAGCUCUGGAAGCUGUAGGUGAGCAGAUGAUGGUUUUGUUUUUAAGCCGUUUCUUUGCAUCAAGUGUCACUUUCUUUACUCUAGAGGAGCAAUCUGCUUCAUUCUGCCUGAUUUGGAGACCGUGUGCUGCUUCCAGAGAGUUAACCAGCUCGUUAAUUUCAUGCAUGCUGGGUAUCAAACCCAAGCUGAUAAAAUGACUGGCAUGAAGCUCAGCGGGGACUAAAGCCUCCUCAUCACAACACAGAAACUCCGUGUUGUUGAGAGCAGUGGGUUUGCGGUUCAAAUCCCGGUUUAGCUGCACAGUAAUGAGUCAUUUUAUUUAGUAUUAGAAAAUUCAAGAGCUCAACUCUUUUCUACUGUUUUCUUGAAUCAAGUGUCAUUUUCUUGAUCCCAGUGGCUGAUCUGCCUGGUUUCAACACAUUUAGACUUGCCGUGUUUCCAGAAGUCAAACUGUGUGGAAACAAGUGGGAUUAUCUCAGAUUGUUUUUUCAGUUUCAGUGAAAAUAUGACAGUGAGUGUAAUUUCAGUUUUGGCUUGUUGUAAUGUGAUCAAGAGACUGAAUCUUCUGGAUGUGUGUCAGCAAAGUGAACUGAAGUGUGUGAUGACGAUGAGCUCUGAAUGAAGGCCGGCGGCGAGUUCACUGGUGUGUUUAGUGAACUGAGAUCAAGUUUGCACGGCGAACUCGCGAGCAAAGGACACGAGUGAACGCAGCAUGAAGUCAUGAUGGAGUUGACGUUCAUCAGAUGAUGAUUUGGACAAAACAAACACGGCUGUCAACAAAAAGCUCACGCAACGAUCAAUAAAUCAAUGAAGUUUUGGGAAAGAGCUUUGGAAAACAGUUUAUCCAAUCGUAGGCGGUGAGAGCAAUUUGGUGUCCUGCCCCAAAAACUAUAAUGAGCAUGGAAAAGUUUGCUGCUGCGCUCUCCCUCCCUGACAUUACACACACACACACACACACACACACACACACACACACACCGGCCCCUCCGACAGCUAAUCAGCUGUUGAGCGUAUUUACAGUUUGGCGACAGCAGUGCAAUAAGUCAGAUGAGUCACACGGCCUUGCAACACAGCGAGCUCGUCUGCGGCUGCACGGGUCACAUGACCAAACAAUAGUCCUGCUGGCUCGUCCCAUGGGAAAGGGAGGGGCGCCGGCCUGCAAAUACCGUUUUGGAUAAUGAACCACGAGGAGGAGGAGGAGGGGUUGUUUUGAAGGUGCUUUUGCAACUGCUGGAGGUUGUGUCUGUGUCUGAGUGUGUGUGUGUGUGUGUGUGUGUGUGUGUGUGUGCAGGCGGUGGGGUGGCUGACUGUCCACAGUGAGGUUUUCGUCAGCCUAAAUGACCACAGGGUUUCACUCCUACUGAAGGCAGCAGUCAAAACAAGGUGAGCGGUGGAGUGUGUGAGGUGUUGCGGUCGGCAGGCGCUGACCUCACACACGUGUCAUCACGGCUGUCAGGGAGGGAGGGGCCGCAAACCUGUCCCUGCUCUGGACCCCCAAGCUGACUGUAAACACACCAUGGACCCACGUUGGAAGUCCCUAAAGGUACGACGGCGUGUUGGUGCCACUGCAGGGAGAAAAAAAUGACACAGCUGGGGGAUGGGGGUAAUACUCUGAGAAAAAAAACAAUUUCCAAGAUUAAAGUUGUAAAUUUACAAGAAAAAACUCUCUAAUUUAUGAGAAAAAAAGCUCAGGAAAAUACUUGUUUUAUGCUUCCCUUUCUUAACCUCUUACACUCCUAAAGGCGCUUGGAUCAGCUUCACUCUGCAGACACUGCUGCUGGCCGUUUCCCAGGCCUGCAGCUGAUCCCCUCAGCAGAUUCUGCUCUGACAUGGGAUU